AUCCCAAGACUGGGUUGUCACAAGUGCCCAGCCCUGGGCAGGCGACUGGGACAUCCCGGUUCCAGUUCAGCCGCCCCAGCUCUGCAACUGUGCCUGUAGAAACCCGAGCUGCGGGACAGAAAGUGGCUUGUGCCAACGAGGGUAUAUCAGGACCCACCAGAAGCCACACAGCUGCUCAGUGCCUCUCUGGCCAGAGCCUUCCCCUGAAGAAGCCCUUCCUGAGCCGAGCUGGGAGUGGAGGGACAUGCUGCUGCUGGUGACCUUCGGUGCUUGGCUGGUGGCACAGAGCAAGGCUGCACCAAGUGCUCCCACCAUCUCCAUCUUCCUGGUGCCCCCGGGGGUGAUGUCCCCGGGAGGCUCCGCCAGCAUCUGCUGCAGUUGCCGGUGUGACAGCAGGAACUUCGUGCUGUACAAGAAUGGCCGUCAGCUUGGCUCGCUGCGGCCGCGCGGCGGCAGGGCCGAGUUCGCCGUCUCUAACGCCACCCGAGGGGAUGCCGGAGCCUACAGCUGCCAUUACGUGGUCGAAGGCGCGGUGGUGGCUCGCAGCGAAACCCUGGAGCUCAUGGUGCAAGAGUUCCGUCUGCCCACGCCUGUGCUCUCUGUGCUGCCUGGCCAGGACGUGCAUGGAGGUGCUCACGUGAGUUUUCGCUGCACCAUCGCACACCCCAGUGCUGGCUGUUUCCUGUACCUCGAGGGCCAGCUCACAGCCGAAUUAAUCUCAACGGGGCAAGAUGGUUACAACCUCUCCCAUGUGUAUAAGGGCCAUGAGGGCCGCUACAGCUGCCAGUGUUUCACCAGGAGUGUUCUGAUGGAAUGGUCUGCAGUCAGCCAGACCCUGGAUUUGGUAGUGAGAGAUUACACCUGGAGCAACGUGCUGCGCCUGUCGCUGGGCGCCGGCGUCCUGGCCCUGCUGGGGCUGAUCGUGGCUGAGGCCCUGUGCUGCGGGCCAGGGCUGCGCUAGGCCGGGAACGGCCGGGGCUGGGGGCUGCUGCGGGGCCUGAU